CGCAAACCUCUACGGUUUCGGACUAUAUAUUCACCACACAAUGGCCGAUUCAAAGAAGCGAAAGGCCGUCACUAAAGACGUCGAUGCAGACGCGGCUGUGGUCUCAGGAGACGAGUUCGAUUUUGGCCAACUGGACGGUACUCUCUCCGACGACGAAUCUGCAAGUGGCAGUGAUGUUGAGGAUUUGUCAAGCGGUGGAGAAGAUCAGAGCGAUGCUGUUUCAAUCGGAAGUGAUGAGGUGCCUUCAGAAGAUGAGGAGGACUUCCUGAAACCGAAAGAUGCUCAGACGGCACGAGAAGUUGAUACAACAGUGGGAGAUGGCGCCGUAUCAAGAGAAGAAGAGGACAAGCCGAACUACAAAGUGGUCAAAGGUGCAGACGGAAACGACAGAUACGUUUACGACGAGAUCGAUCCCGGCGAUGACUCCGACUACUCUGUCCCUGACAACGAAGCCAAUACCAUUGGCGAAAUACCAUUGUCAUUUUACGACUCUUACCCUCAUAUCGGCUACAACAUCAAUGGAAAAAAGAUCAUGAGGCCGGCGACUGGAAAGGCUCUCGAUGCACUCCUUGACAGUAUCGAAGUGCCCAAAGGUUGGACUGGUCUAACAGAUCCGGCGACUGGGAAACCCCUGGAGCUCACUCGCCAAGAGUUGCAAUUGUUGAAGAAAGUGCAAAUGAACGAGAUACCCACUGAUGGUUACGAUCCAUACGAACCAACUGUUGAGUGGUUCACCAGCAAGACGGAGACCAUGCCUUUGAACAGUGCACCAGAACCAAAACGACGAUUCGUGCCAUCUAAGCACGAGGCCAAGCGUGUCAUGAAGAUCGUCCGGGCCAUACGAGAAGGGCGCAUUCUGCCAUACAGACCUCCAAAGGAGGCAGAUGAAGAUGCGGAAGAUGUUCCAAAUUACGAUAUAUGGGCUGAUGAGCAGCCUAGAGCAGAUCACGCUAUGCAUAUGCCCGCACCAAAACUUCCACCGCCUGGUUUUGAUGAAAGCUAUCACCCACCGGCUGAAUACUUGCCAGACAAGAAAGAGAAGGAGACUUGGGAGAAGGCCGACGAGGAAGAUCGAGACAAGGACUUUCUUCCAGCAGAUUACCCUGCGUUACGGAAGGUUCCAGGCUAUGAUCGCUUUGUCAAAGAGAAGUUCGACCGCUGCUUGGAUCUUUACCUGGCUCCUCGUGUCCGUCGGAUCAAACUCAAUAUCGAUCCUGAAUCACUGUUGCCCAAAUUGCCAAGUCCCGACGAGCUACGACCAUUCCCCACGCAUGAAGCUGGUCGGUUCCACGGUCACAAAGGCAGGGUGCGGUCUCUGGCCAUUGAUCCUACCGGACAAUAUCUGGCGACUGGCGGAGACGAUGGCACAGCAAGAGUGUGGACGAUCGAGCCUCAACGGGAGAUCUGGUCAGUAUCGUUGUCAUCUGAUUCCGCCGUCAACGUGGUACGGUGGAGACCUGGGAAAGACGCUCCAGUCCUCGCUGUCUGCGCCGGUGAUGACAUCUAUCUUUGUGUGCCUCACUUGGGCACAGAAUCUGGCCCAGAGACAGAAGCAGCUCAGACCGUCCUUGACGCCGGGUGGGGAUAUGCUGCAUCCGAGAGCAGCACGUCGAAAUCUUCCAGUGUUAAAUGGAGCCGACCUUCGUCCACUCAACGAGAUAGAGGUGUCGCAGCUGUUAUUAGCCUUGGACACACCGCGAAAACAUUGUCUUUCCAUUCAGCCGGUAACCACUUCGUCACGAUAUGUUCUGCCACUACGGUGCCGGCGUCUCAGGCGAUUGCCAUACACACCAUCGCCAAGCACCAGACACAACUGCCAUUCCGAAAGCGACUGAAGGGUGGUGGCACAUCACAAGACGCACAUUUCCACCCGAGCAAGCCUAUUCUGUUCGUUGCCAACCAAAGAGUUAUUCGGGCGUACGACUUGUCCAAGCAAACACUGCUGAAAAUCAUUCAGCCGGGCGCACGAUGGAUUAGCAGCUUUGACGUUCACCCGACAAGCUCUUCAACCGCAGGUUCAGACAAUCUCAUCGUGGGUUCCUACGAUCGAAGACUGCUGUGGAUGGAUUUGGAUCUGUCCCCUCGACCAUAUAAGACCUUGCGCUUCCAUGAGAAGGCCAUCAGAUCCGUCAGGUUUCACCCUGCCACCAACAAAUACCCGUUGUUCGCCGACGGCAGCGACGACGGAAGUAUACAAGUCUUCCAUGGGCAGGUCACGAGUGACAUGAUGAGCAACGCUCAGAUAGUGCCUCUCAAAGUCCUCCGUGGACACAAGAUUACCGGUGGGUUGGGUGUUAUGGACCUGGAUUGGCAUCCUCAACAUCCAUGGCUUGUAAGUGCAGGCGGCGACGGAACUUGUAGAUUAUGGGUUUCUUAAAGUCUUGGAAGUAGCCUGUACAGAGGAAAGAAAAUUGAACAUUAUCACGA